AUGGCUGGUUACUCUCUCACGCAGUUCGUCACUGUAAUGCUGCUGUACUAUAUUUCGAAUAUCCUCACAGAUGGGCAGUUCAUGUAUAUCGACAUGUUUUUGAUAACUCUGCUGGCUGUUCUUUUUGGAAACACUGCGGCCUACGAGAAUCUCUGUCCAACGCCGCCUCCUACGCGAUUGUUGUCUGUUGCUAGCAUCUGUAGCGUGCUUGGACAAUUAGCAAUAAUGGGUAGCACACAGCUGCUUGUGUUUCUGAUGACCACAACCCAACCAUGGUUUGUUCCUUAUACUGCUCCACGUGGAUCAGAAACUGAAGAUAAAAGGAGUAUGCAGGGAACGGCUGUAUUCUACGUAUCUGUGUUCCAAUACAUCACUCUAGUCGUCGUUUACUCAAAGGGACCCCCUUAUCGCGACACCCUCUACAGCAACAGACCUUUCUGUGCAUCCAUCGCCUUUGUCACAUUGGUAAUUUUUCUCUUUAAUUUUGAUGCUGAGAAGCGAAAGGUAGUGACUUCAAAAACUAGCGUGCGCACGAAUGUGCACCAUAGGCAGCUCCCCUGA